AUGUCCGACGAAACUUUGCAAUUGACCAGCAAUCCGCGGACGUUGGCACAUGCCAAAAUAUUUUAUUUGCAAAUUUUAUUCGCGAUUUGCACAUUCAUCUUCGGUUCAAGAGCCAUUUUGACACCGCAUAUUCCAUUCUUCGCAUGGCUACCAGGCCUUCUUUUAUUAUUCGACUCAACUCUCGCCUUCGCAUCCCUUUUAUAUCUCGAUUUUAGUCGCGAAAAUACUGUUUCGUAUUUGCGUCUUUCGCUAAGUCUCAUUAUAUUUAGGUUCUCAUGUGCAUUCGUUUUAUUUGCCGAAUUAUUUCUGCCGCACAGCGACCCUACCAUAUCGGUACCACUUAUUUUCGUCGCACUUCUUCAUUGUACUUUUUCGGUUCUUUCGGCAGCCCAAGUGCACAAUUUGACAAAUUCGGGUCGAGACUCGACACUACAUCUAGCCGAACCCGACAAAAUGCAGCUCGGAAGUAUGACGACGCUGGUCACUAAUAUUGAUGAUGAGUUUUAA